AUGUCUAUGGUGGUGGGAGGCGUUGACAAGGGCGGCAUCAUUGUGCGGGAGGACCUCGACUUGGCCUCUGCGGCGGUGGGGCGUUUGUCCUGCGGAGCCAAGGUGAAGGAGCUGGCCUGCCAAGAGGGGCGGCUGCACUAUGAGCUGGUGUCCGGGGAGGGCCCGAAGACAGGGUGGGUGACCACCAGCCUCAAGGGCAAGGAGCUGGUGGUUCAAGCGGCAGAGGAGCUGGGCUCCACCAGUGAGGGGGAGACCUCUCAGCACCAGACCUCGGAGGCGGAGAGCUGGGAGGCCGAGAAGGAGGGGCCCUCGAAGGAGGAGAGGGAGGCUUUGCACCGAUACCUCGGCAAGUUCGGCAAGGCGGAGAACCGGACAGGUGCCUCCCCCGGGUACAACCGCCAGUCCUUCUGGACCAAGAAGGCGACACCAAAGGAGACCAUCGCGGCGGCUUUGGCCGACCCUUGCAGGCCUUCGCCUGCGAAGGAGGUCGACUCGGACGGGGGCAAGGUGCCCGUGUGCUCGCGCUGCUUCUUGCCGGUGGGGGAGUUCGCCUACGAGGGCAGAGGCGGGAGCGGCCGUGUGCACGCAGAAUGCAUGGCGCAGAUCCUGGUGGAGGACGCCCAGCGAGAGGAGGACCGGCGUGUCGCGCGGGAGGUGGAGAAGAAGCUGAAGAGCCGCAAGGAGUACGACAUUGGGUGGCGCAUGGAGGGCGUGCCUUCGAACGCGCGCCUGGCCCAGCGCAUGGGCUGCGACGAGGCCGUGCCAGGCCUCUGCUGCCUGGUGCUGGACGAGGCCUCCAAGACGGUGAAGGUGGCCCCCACUUUGGAGCCGGCAGCUGCUGUGAACCUGGAGUACCUGCUGCUGGCGCUGAAGGUGCGGAAGUCGGCUCGGAGAGAGCCUUUGUUCUCUCUGGACCCAGUGGACCCCAAGAACCUGGAGAAGACGCCCCAGAAGAAGGUCUACGAACCGGCCUGGCUGGCCGGCACCAGCGUGGGGGACGUCAUGUUCCAGGCCGACUACUUCCUCAAGGAGCUCGCGCUGGGGGAGUACACCAUGCCGGUUGCAGGGAUGAUGAGCGUUUUCGACUGGUCUGAGCUGUCGGGCAACAAGGAGGAUUGGGCGGGCCGCGAGUGGUUCGUGGUCCGCAAGGCGGAGGUGCGGAUGUCCCUGGACCAGACCUUGGUGCCCUUCGUGAAGAUGGGUGUGGAGGCCAGGGAGCAGACGGUGAAUGCGGCUGGGCGCCUGGAGGAUGCGCCGGUGACGGGGGCCAGCCACCCCCUCAAGAAGUUCGCAGAUGCCUGCACCAGGAACUUCGACCUCAUCGCGGAACGGAAGAGCGUGAUCUUCCACCUGCGCGAGCUGGCCAAGGCAUCGGUGAUGGCCAAGUACCUGGUGGACUCCAACACCAAGGUUGACAGCUCCUGGUACCGCCUGGCCGACGAGAUCGUCCAGGGGACCCAGCCAGAGGCCCACCCUGAGAUCCCGCAGCUGUGGAACAUGCGGGGCAGCUCACGAAUUCGGCUGAGGGAUGGCCGGUUGAUCGAUAUGUACACAGGGGUUCAGCGCAAGCUGCACGCCAUGUACGGGGGCGUCCAGUUUGGUUUAGACCGCUUUGAGCUGGCCCAGCGGCAUGCUGCUCAGGGCCAGGCGGGCAUGCAGCUGGGCCAGUCUGGGCGGCCCAUGUUCAUGCCGCAGCGCUUCCAGAUCGGAGCGCGGGCCGGCGCGGAGGCGCCCGCCGCCGCGAUGGCGCCUAUGGCGCCCAUGCCCCAGGGUGUGGACCUGAACUUGGAGCACUUCGACCUCUCCAAGCCAGACCUCUUCGAGCGCCUGGGUGCUUGCCGCGGCUCCCUGGAGGCCAAGGUGACCCUGGGCCGGGCCUUCCUCAGGAGCCUGCAGGACCGCAACUAUCCAGGCUUGGGCAAAGACCACGAGGAGCUGCUGUUGAAGGUCUUCCAAUCCCCGGAGUGCGACCGAGUCUUGGAGGGCGACCGCUUCACGCCGCCAGACCCUUCCAUGGAGUACACCUCGAAACUCCGGAGCCUGGUGAACGAGGAGCAGUUGCUUUUCCAGCGCCGGAAGAUGCAAUUCCUGGACAGGGCCUUCCAGGUGGGCAACCCCGGGGCUGAGUUCCUCCGGUCAUGGACCUCGCGCUUUCGGGUGGAGAAGGAUGGCAAGGCGCCAGAGGCUUCCAAAAUGGUGCCGGUGGACUUCGACGACGCCUUCGCGGCGGUGCUGGCAAAGGACAUCCUGCCAACGGCCUCCCCGGAGUUUAAGAAAGAGACCGAGGAUGGCUCCACCUUCCGCAUCUACCAGAUCGGAUCUUUGGAGGUGCGCACGACCCAGGAGAUGUUUGGCCAGGAGCUGGUGGGCGGCAUUUUCUCCCGUCAGGUGACAGGACAAAGCUUCUGUGGCAAGUGGGGUGGCGUGGUAAGGCGCGACUCAGGGCCGACGGCCUUUGUUGGCCCAGUGGAUUUCCAGGAGAGCGGCAAGAAGUCGUACAACCUGCUGCCUGAACAGUGA